GUGACCCGGUCCCUGUCCUCUCCCAGAACUCCAUAGUGUUGGACAGAGCAAGCUGACAGCUAUCCGAGCAGCUGUUUUAGAGGCUAACUCGGGAUAAUCAAAACCAUUACAAGGAAAUCAUCAACAGUAGACAGUUGGAUUCAAAGUAAACUUUCGCAACGUUACGAAAUUGCUAGCUUGCUUCGUGUACCCAGCUUUUCGCUAGCUAGCGCGAAUCAGCAAACACAUCUCGUCGAAACCGUCAAAUAACUUGUUAGCGUAGCUAGGCAUUUUUAGCUUUUGUUGUAAAGGUGGGACUUUACAAUGGGAUCCAGAGCAUCGACAUUACUGAGAGAGGAGGAGAUCGAAGAAAUCAAAAAGGAGACCGGCUUUUCCCACAGCCAGAUCACCCGGCUCUACAGUCGCUUUACCAGCUUGGACAAAGGAGAGAACGGCACGCUCAGUCGUGAAGAUUUCCAGCGGAUCCCAGAGUUGGCCAUCAACCCUCUGGGAGACAGAAUCAUUAAUGCCUUCUUUCCUGAGGGGGAGGACCAAGUUAACUUCAGGGGCUUCAUGAGGACGCUGGCUCACUUCCGUCCCAUAGAAGACAAUGAGAAGAACAAGGAUCCCACCGCCUCUGAACCUCUCAACAGCAGGACCAACAAGCUGCUCUUUGCUUUCCAGCUGUAUGACCUGGACAGAGAUGAUAAGAUCUCCCGUGACGAGCUGCUACAGGUUCUUAGGAUGAUGGUUGGUGUGAACAUCUCUGACGAGCAGCUGGGCAGCAUCGCUGAUAGGACCAUCCAGGAGGCUGACCAGAACGGAGACAACUCCAUUUCCUUUAAUGAGUUCAUCAAGGUACUGGAGAAGGUCGAUGUGGAACAGAAGAUGAGCAUCCGAUUCCUGCACUGAGACACUGAUUGGCUGGGCUUCCUGACAGGACUGUCUGAUUGGCUGGACCCUUUACUACCACCACCAUGCCCGCUGGAA